GAGUCCGUGAGUACCAGUCUCGAGCCCCACGCAGCCUCCGCAUCCGAUAAAUAAUAGCAUCGUUGAGUUUGGUGUAUAGAGAGCGAAUAGACCAUUUGAAAAGAGCAAGACAAUCAUUAUUUAUUAACCUGUGAGCUCAUUUUCUGGAAUAUUUGGUUGAAGUAUCGUUACUCAUUCUCUAUGGAUAUAUAAUAGGGACAAAUCAGCUUUAUAUUCGUUCAUUUACUCUUUUUAUCUGGGCGGCCAGUAAAGCAUCCUGCGUUAAUUCUCAAAAUGGCUGAGAUUACAGAUUUACGACCUGCAUAUGACAUGUCACCGGUGCUGGCCGGUUUUAUCGGUGCGGCGGCUCUGGUGGUUGCCGUGGUGAUCCUGGUUCUCCUGUGGUCCUUCUGCCAGCGUCGACACCUCCGGGUGACGGGCCGAUACAAGCUCCAUGGUGAUCAGUACUGUGACUCGGCUGAAGACCCGCCCUACAAGUUCAUCCACAUGCUGAAGGGCAUCAGUAUCUACCCAGAGUCCCUCAGCAGCAGCAAGAGGAUAGUACGGGUGGCCAGGCGUGCUGGGUGGCAGGGGGAGAGAGACAGAGAGAGGGGUGGCGGCCGCGGGAUGGUCCUGGUGGAUGCGGAGAACAACAUCCUGGACGCGCCUACCCAUCUCCAGAUGAGCCACCUGGUUCCCCCUGCUGGCCAGCCCAGGAUGGAGCGGGCACUGCCCGUCAGGGCCGACUACUGCUGCCUGGAUAGCUCAGCUACCAGUAGCGAGAACAGCAGCAAGACUGUUUCACCUUUCACCCCCGCGUCCUCAGACCCAGAAUCAGAGCCUGAAGCCAGCCUGGGCUCCCUCAGCCUGGCUUUAGACUACAACUUCCCCAAGAAGGCCUUGGUGGUGACCAUCGUUGGAGCCCAUGGCCUGCCUGCAGUAGACGAACAGGGGAACAGCUCCGACCCUUACGUGAAGAUGACCAUCCUCCCUGAGAAGAAGCACCGGGUGAAGACCAGGGUCCUGAGGAAGACGCUGGAGCCGGUGUUUGACGAGACGUUCACGUUCUACGGGGUGGCCUACAGCUCGCUGCCCGAGCUCACGCUGCACUUCCUGGUGCUCAGCUUUGACCGCUUUGCCCGCGAUGAUGUCAUAGGGGAGGUGGUGGUUCCACUGACAGAGUUGGAACCCAGCACGGGGCGGGUGCACAUCACCCAGCAAAUCAGCAAGAGGAACAUGCAGUGCGAGAGCCGUGGGGAACUGUUGGUGUCUCUGUCCUACCAGCCAGUCUCCCACCGCCUCAGUGUGGUGGUGCUGAAGGCCAAACACCUGCCCAAGAUGGACAUCUCUGGCCUGUCUGGAAACCCAUAUGUGAAAGUCAAUGUGUUCUACGGACGCAAGCGCAUCGCCAAGAAAAAGACGCACGUGAAGAGGUGCACACUCAACCCCGUCUUCAACGAGUCCUUCAUCUACGACGUGCCCCCCGAGCUGCUCCCUGAGAUCUCUGUGGAGUUUGUGGUGGUCGACUUUGACCGUACCACUAAGAACGAGGUGGUGGGGUGUCUGCCCCUCGGCCUGCACAGCCCCUGUCCCUCUGGCGCCACCCACUGGCGGGAGGUCUGUGAAAACCCCCGUCGGCAGAUCUCAAAGUGGCACAACCUCAGUGAAUAUUAGCUCCUCCCACCGCCUAAUGCAUUAUAGUUCUACUUGUGUGUAUAGGGGGAGGUGGAGGAGGGGAAGAGAGGGACUUCUUGCCGAGAGAGUGGCUUUUCCUCAUGCCAUACUUUCUCUUGUGAAUAAUACCAACAAAAAAUGAACAACAUUCCUGGUGGGACUUGUACAGUGGACUUUACAGUGGUUAAGGUUCAACUACAGAAUCAAAUCAAAGUAACAAACAUGCAUACAGUUAAACAUACACAUAUAUAACCCACACCACUACAGAAUUAUAGAGACACUCAGUCUCAGCAUUAGGUUAAGAGUAAUGAAAAUAAAAAAGUUGUUUGUUAACCAGAAUAUGACCAUGAUCACACAUUCAAGGCUGUUAUGAAUUAUUGUCUGGCCAUGUUGUAUGAAGUUUAGGCGACGGGAGGAUACAUGCAAAUGCUAAAAAAAAACGAAUCGUCAGACUUCAAAAUCCUCCCCUUGCCAAUAUUGUACUUCAAUUCAUCGCAUGUCUGAAUUAAACAGAAAUAUCAUCAAAUCAAAUGUACUAAGGAAACAGAAGUAUUGCUUGUAUUGAUAGUGAGAUUUUAAUUCUCUCUCUCUUAAACUGAGAAAACCUCAUGCAACCCGACUCUCUGUUGCAGUUUCUCUACAGGUAGGACCAAAUAGGACAGCUAGAAUUUUCUUCCCAAUAAAUAUUUGUUGAAAAAAUUCUUGAAUGUUUUGGGGCCUAACUAUUGUUGUUUAGUGGCAUUACCAUAUUUGAUGACAAGCUCUGUAUCUAAAAUUAAAACCAUCAAGGUUUCAAACCAAUUAAUGCUAUGUUGUAAAGACAAAUGUGAUUUCACUGCAAAAAUAUUUAUUUUGAAUCCAUUUUUAGAACUAAUUCGGACUGAAGAUAUGAAUGUAAUAAACAACCACAGCAUUAUUACAUGGAUACAUGUCAUCACAAGAAAUAUGACAACUUCUCAUACUGUGGCAUUGAAAAAACAUUCACCACAGUAUAAGCGAAUUACUGAAAUAUCACUGCAGCAGGUUAGCCUUAGUACUGUAAUAACCAGGUAAUAACACAUGCUAGUUAGCAGCUUGUAGUGCCAGAAGAUGUUAUUUGAAAGUCACUGAUAUUAUUGGGAAAAAGGGUUUUGACAUGAAGAGUUGUAAAGGGUCAUGUUUUGCUGUGUGGUUUCCAACAGGUUUAUACAGUAUGUUCCACUAUUUUGGCCAAUGCCGACAUGCUCAUCUUUUAAGGCUCGAUUCAAUCCGAAUAACGCUUGAAAUGGAAACGUAAUUGUCUAUUGAGCUGACAUAUGCAGCGUUUACCGUGAAUUCAGUCUUCUCGAACUUGGAACAUUGCCUUCACAUUUCAAUAGCCAUGAUCUUGAGCGAUACGGAUUGAAUCGAGCCCUUCGUAUAUUUUUGUUCUCUUUCAUUUGGCUAAUUUCAAGAAUAUAUUGUAUAAAAGAACAGUACUUCAUAUCUUGAAGGCAACAAUUUUCUAUAGUGAAUAGCCUCACAGGUUGAAGCUCCUGUAUGUUGUUGGUGAUACUCUGUGUGUGUGUGUGUGUGUGUGUGUGUGUGUGUGUGUGUGUGUGUGUGUGUGUGUGUGUGUGUGUGUGUGUGUGUGUGUGUGUGUGUGUGUGUGUGUGUGUGUGUGGUGUGUGUGUGUGUGUGUGUGUGUGUGUGUGUGUGUGUGUGUGUGUGUGUGUGUGUGUGUGUGUGUGUGUGUGUGUGUGUGUGUGUGUGUGUGUGUGUGUGUGUGUGUGUGUGUGUGGAGACUGCAGAGCCCAGGUGCACUGUUUGGAACAAUGUAAGUGGUGAUGGGGUUCAGAGCAGGACAUGGCAGUGGGGUGGCUACUGCUAGCUUCUGGCUUGGCUAGGCUUUUGACCAGAAGGACAAGACACAGGUGGGCAAAACCCCACUCCUCCACUGUCACUAACUAAGCUCCUUCCUCUCUUCCUCCUCUUUUUCUCUCGCUCUCUCACUCUCUUUCACCCUCCUUCGCUUCUUUCUUUCUAGCUCUCUCUUUACAGUCCCUUAUUUCCUCAAUCUCCUUCGUUCUCCCCUGUCUCCUCUUUCUAACUCUUUCUUUGCACCUUCUUUAUUUGGAUCACUAAUAUCUCAAAUUCCUUUUAAUGCCUCAUUCCUCAUAAUGAGAGAUGUCACAGUAUUUGACAGAUUAGUGAACCCAUCAUAACACCUAUCACACCCUGUGAUGAUUUGGCUGUAUGACUGUUAUGCUCUGUCAUCAUUGUACCCUGUAGGCAAGGGGUGUCAAACUCAUUCCAUGGAGGGCCUAGUGUCUGCAGGUUUUUGUUUUUCCCUAGACAACACGUUGUGGGGAGUUCCUUACUAAUUAGUGACCGUAAUUCAUAGUCAUAAUUCAAUGAAGUACAAGGGAGGAGCGAAAACCCACAGACACUCAGCCCUCCGUGGAAUGAGUUUGACACCUGUGCUGUAGGCCUACUCAGUGGAGACAUGGGGAGCUGUAAGCAGCAAUGGCUUUACAUCACACUGUGUAACAUUUACUGCAGUGCAGUCUGUAAAAUUGACUGUGGGAAACUCUGGGAGGACAGUAAUCACAGUGAAGCCAAGGUGAAAAUACUUAAGUAAGACUGCAGCUCUGUCGACAAGGCAAGGGGAAGGCAGAAAUGUGUGUUGCAAUACACAUGAGCUGCCUUGUUUUUCUGUUGGCAGCAAACUCCUGCAAUUAGAACCCCCAACAUUUUGACUGUCUAUAUCCCCAUUUAUACCUGGUGCUAACGUGGGUCCUUUGUCCUGAUCUAGUCUACAUUCUGAUUGUGCCCACAUUUCCAGAAGUGUGUCUACACAUGGUAAUUACAAUUACCAGUCUUUUAUCUGUCCACUGUGUCUGCAUUGUGACCAGAGUUCCUGGUCCCUUCCUUUAUGCAAAUAAUUUCACAGCUAUAAUAUUUAUAUAUAUUUUUACUGUAAGACACAUAUUGAUGUAAUCAGCCACCUGUCACUGAUAUUAGAGGCCGGAAUAAUGAUGAUUUAAAUGGUUUCUCUGUCCAGAUCUGUCUACACUUGUAAGAUGUCCAGACACAAUAAGAUCACAAUGUGUCUUUUGAUUGUUAACACCUGUCUAAAAAUGUGGGCACAAUCAGAAUGUGGACAAGAUCAGGACAAAUGCCGCAAGUUAGAACAAGGUAUACAUGGGGCUUACUUCACCUCGUCUCCCCAACUUUGACCUUCAGUGUAGCUAUUUCCUUUGUUGAUAUAUCCUUAUUAACUAAUUUGGAAUAAAAUAUGAAACGUAAUGAAAACAAACUGUAAUAAUGACUGAUCGUGGAUUGGUACAAAUUAUUAUUUCAAGGUAUCCUCUGUCCAUAAACAUGGAGUUAAACUACAGUAUGUAAAGAAAUACUUGCCAGUAAUGCGAACGGUGUCUAAAACUUUCAUUUUCCUAUAUGCUGAGUAUAUUACGCAGAUGCUAACCUGUGUGUUGGUUUCAUUAACAGUCAUUCAACGUGCAAAUAAAAUGUUAUACUCCA